AUGCUGGAGGCUGCUGAGCUGUACUUCAACACAGACCACGGCUACCUGGAGGGCCUGGUGCGCGGCUGCAAAGCCGGCCUCCUCAAGCAACAGGACUACGCCAACCUGGCUCAGUGCGAGACCCUGGAGGAUCUGAAAAUUCACCUCCAGACCACUGAUUAUGGCAACUUCUUGGCCAAUCAAACGAAUCCUCUUACUGUUUCCAAAAUUGACACUGAGAUGAGGAAAAAACUUUGCAUGGAAUUUGAAUAUUUACGGAAUCAUUCUCUGGAGCCCCUAAGCACAUUUUUCAACUACAUGACGUGCAGUUAUAUGAUAGACAACGUGAUUUUAUUGAUGAAUGGGGCAUUGCAAAAGAAAUCUGUAAAAGAGAUUCUGAUGAAGUGCCAUCCGCUGGGUCGCUUCAUAGAAAUGGAAGCUGUCAACAUUGCAGAGACACCCUCUGACCUGUUCCAUGCUGUCCUGGUUGAGACACCACUGGCCCCUUUCUUUCAGGACUGUAUGUCUGAAAAUACUCUAGAUGAAUUGAAUAUUGAAUUACUGCGCAAUAAAUUAUACAAGUCUUACCUUGAGGCAUUCUAUAAAUUCUGCAAGAAUCAUGGUGAUGUCACAGCAGAAAUUAUGUGUCCCAUACUUGAGUUUGAGGCGGACAGACGGGCUUUCAUCAUCACUCUGAACUCCUUUGGCACGGAGCUGAGCAAAGACGAGCGGGAGACCCUCUACCCGACCUGUGGCAAACUCUAUCCAGAGGGGCUGCGCCUACUGGCCCAAGCAGAAGACUUCGAACAGAUGAAGAGAGUCGCAGAACAUUAUGCAGUUUACAAGCCUUUGUUUGAGGCUGUGGGUGAUGGCAACGGGGGAAAGACGCUGGAGGAUGUGUUUUAUGAACGUGAGGUACAGAUGAACGUGCUGGCUUUCAACAGGCAAUUCCACUAUGGUGUGUUUUACGCCUAUACCAAGCUGAAGGAACAAGAAAUGAGAAACGUCGUAUGGAUAGCAGAGUGCAUUUCCCAAAGACAUCGAGCUAAAAUUAAUAGUUACAUUCCAAUCUUAUAG